UGUUAGAAAGGACUAUUCUUUCUUCGUUGAACUGCCUUUGCUCCUUUGUCACAGUCUCAACAAACUGGAAAUAGCAGUUGAAUGGAUUUGGAAACGUGUCUGAAGUUUAGUGGGCUGCAUCUACCUUCUGCCUUCUCUCCCCUUUAAGAAAAGAAUAAAUGGGAUGUUUGAAAAGAGAGCUAUAUUAACAGGAGAGUAUCUCAAAUGGCUUCGGAACCUGUGAGUGCAAAACAAGCUAGAAAUCACUUCACAAAGGGGAAACGGCAGCAGCACCAGCAAAUAAAGAACAGAUCUUCCCUUAGUGAUGGUGAUGGAGAUGACUCCUUUAUCUUUGAAGCAAAUGAAGCUUGGAAGGAUUUUCAUGGUUCUUUACUUCGAUUUUAUGAAAAUGGAGAACUCUGUGAUGUCACACUAAAGGUUGGCUCAAAGCUGAUCUCUUGUCACAAGCUAGUAUUGGCUUGUGUUAUUCCCUACUUCAGAGCCAUGUUUCUCUCUGAAAUGGCUGAAGCCAAGCAAACGCUUAUUGAGAUCAGAGAUUUUGAUGGUGAUGCAAUAGAAGACUUGGUAAAGUUUGUCUAUUCUUCCCGGCUUACUUUGACUGUUGACAAUGUCCAGCCUCUCUUAUAUGCAGCCUGUAUUCUGCAGGUUGAACUGGUAGCUAGAGCUUGUUGUGAAUACAUGAAGUUACACUUUCAUCCCUCUAAUUGCCUGGCAGUAAGAGCCUUUGCAGAAAAUCACAAUCGAAUAGACUUAAUGGACAUGGCGGAUCAGUAUGCCUGUGAGCAUUUUACUGAAGUGGUGGAGUGUGAAGACUUUGUAAGUGUGUCACCCCAGCACCUCCAUAAGCUUUUGUCUUCCAGUGAUUUAAAUAUUGAGAAUGAAAAGCAGGUCUAUAGUGCUGCCAUCAAGUGGCUUCUUGCUAAUCCUCAGCAUCAUUCCAAAUGGUUGGAUGAAACACUUGCACAGGUUCGCCUGCCGUUGUUGCCAGUUGACUUUCUCAUGGGUGUUGUGGCAAAAGAACAGGUUGUCAAACAAAAUCUAAAAUGUAGAGAUUUAUUGGAUGAAGCAAGAAAUUACCACCUUCACUUGAGUAGCAGAGCAGUACCUGACUUUGAAUAUUCCAUUCGGACUACACCAAGAAAGCAUACUGCUGGUGUGCUGUUUUGUGUAGGUGGUCGAGGUGGAUCUGGUGACCCCUUUCGCAGUAUUGAAUGCUAUUCUAUCAACAAAAACAGUUGGUUCUUUGGACCAGAAAUGAAUAGCCGAAGGCGCCAUGUGGGUGUGAUCUCUGUGGAAGGUAAAGUGUAUGCAGUGGGUGGACAUGAUGGAAAUGAACAUUUAGGUAGCAUGGAGAUGUUUGAUCCUCUCACUAAUAAGUGGAUGAUGAAGGCAUCAAUGAACACAAAGAGGCGAGGAAUUGCCUUGGCCUCCUUAGGAGGUCCAAUUUAUGCAAUUGGAGGGUUAGAUGACAACACUUGCUUCAGUGAUGUGGAGAGAUAUGACAUAGAAUCUGAUCAGUGGAGUACAGUGGCACCAAUGAAUACUCCCCGUGGAGGAGUUGGCUCUGUGGCUCUACUAAAUCAUGUUUAUGCAGUUGGUGGCAAUGAUGGAGUGGCUUCUUUAUCUAGUGUGGAGAGAUAUGAUCCACAUCUGGAUAAGUGGAUAGAAGUUAAAGAAAUGGGUCAGCGAAGAGCAGGCAAUGGAGUUAGUGAGCUCCAUGGUUGCUUGUACGUUGUUGGUGGUUUUGAUGAUAAUUCUCCUCUGAGUUCAGUUGAGCGGUAUGACCCUCGAAGCAACAAGUGGGACUACGUAGCAGCACUUACCACUCCCAGGGGUGGAGUGGGGAUCGCAACAGUAAUGGGAAAAAUCUUCGCAGUUGGUGGUCAUAAUGGCAAUGCAUAUCUAAAUACAGUGGAAGCAUUUGAUCCCGUGCUGAACAGGUGGGAGCUUGUUGGGUCUGUGUCCCACUGCAGAGCGGGAGCAGGUGUAGCUGUGUGUGCCUGUUUAACUAGCCAGAUUCGAGAUGUAGGUCAUGGAUCCAAUAAUGUGGUUGACUGUAUGUGAUUUGAGUUCCAGCCACCAACAAUUUAGUCAUAACUGUUAGGCCAGAAAGACAACGAGGAUUUUGAUAUGACCACUUUUGAACAGUUUUAAUUACAACUACAGUCUUAUUUAAAUGUUACCUGUUGUAUUGUAACUAAGCAGAACUUUUGGAGUGGAAACUGAAGAAUUAUUAGUGAUAAAGUUAAAUUUGAUACUUCUUGCUUUAACAGAUAAUGGAGUAGGGAAGGAAGACAGUCUAACCUGAAACCACACCUACUCCAGAAAAUGUUUAAAGUAGUGCCAAAAUCUUGGAAUCUUUUUUUUUUUUUAAUUUAUGUAAAUCAAAUGUACAACUGAGUCAUUUAGUGAGUUUUUCUUUUUAUGUUGCCUAAAGAUAUUAACCUCAGGCAGUGGAUUUUUCUUAAGGGGGAGAAUAGAAUCUGUUCAUCCACAAAAGGCUCUUAGGACACAUAGGAGAGCUGCUCCUUUUGAAGAUCAUUUCUGCUUGGUGCUGACGAAUCUAUGCCUUGCGUUAUACUAAGUGGAUGAUUUUUUAAUUCCUUGGAUAUUUACAGAAGUAGGAAAAAAGUUUCACCUUCCUGAGUGCCACUUGGAUGCAUUUUCAGAAGCUUAUAGCAGUGCUAUACAAAGCCCUUAUUUUAAGUUUGAAUUGUUAAGACACCCAAAGACCUAGUUGAACUAGUUCUAUUGGAACAAGAAGGCAAUUUUAUUUCUUCCUUAUCUCAUGUAAAAAGGAUUUAUUUCAUAAUAAGCAGAAAUUGAACUAGAGUGAAUUUUAUAGAAGGAGUUAGAUUUGAUACUAUUGUAGGGUUUGAUUGUGAAUUACCUGACACCCUAAUGAGGGGAAUCUGACAGUAUUUUCAGUGCUCCUCUUUGAUUUAAUCAUUUGAUUUUGAACCCAAGAUUGAUCAUUUCAGGUCUGUUAUUAACCAAUAAAAGGAAUUGUUGAUAAAAA